AUGUCGGAGCUGCGCGGUGCAAUCGGCACUACGUCCAAGAAGACGAAGAAGUCAAAGAUGAACAACAAGAGAAGCAAGCUCCCUACACCUGGCUUCGAUCUGACGAAGAAUCCAGGUGUUGAGCAGGCCAACGCUUCUCUUUGCCGAGCCGUGUGGUUCUUUGCCCUUUUUGCCGGUGGCACCGCCCCGGUUUUCGCUGCAGCAGUAUCUAUCAUGGCCUCCUCGUGGUUUCUCUGCGGACUUGGCGGAAUCUGCCCCGCCGUGGCGCAGCGUCUCUUCUGGAUCUUCGGCGUAGGCACUUUCGGAGUGGCGUAUGGGGUCCACGCCGUGCUUCGGCAUCUUGGUGGCAGCCGCAACCGCUACGCCUAG